AUGUCAUCGCAUCAUCACCACGACCACGGCCAUGACCACGGACACGGACACAGUCACGGCGAUGGACAUGACCAUUCACAUGACCUAGAGCCAGCGCUGCAGUCGAAUCUCUACAAGCAAAUCGACUUUGAGGGGAUUAUCACUCUCAACGAGGCUGAGAACCGGUCGGGAGCAGCCAUCGUCCAGAAAACAUGGGAUGAGCGGCUCAAUGAUCAGCCUGUCCUUGAAAGCGACGCGGACGAGCAGUUACUGAUGCACAUCCCUUUCUCCGGAUCCUGCAAGCUCUACUCCCUCAUCAUAAGGACCUCAGACUCCGACUCGGCGCCGCAGACGUUGAAACUCUUCCGGAACAGAGAUGACAUGGACUUCAGCCUGGCGUCAGAUCUCAAGCCCACCCAGACACUGACCUUGCCAAAGAGCAACGACGUGGCCGAGAUACCGCUGAACCGGGCGCUUUGGAACGGCACGACGUCAAUCACCCUUUUCUUCGAAGACAAUCAUUCCGGAGGAGAGGAGGAGGUGACGAGGAUCGGUUAUCUCGGGUUCAAGGGAGAUUUCAUGGCGCUGAACCGUGAGCCGGUGCAUGUGCUGUACGAGGCGGCGGCCAAUCCAAAAGAUCAUAAGGUGAUUCAGGGGCUGACCAACACCAACGAGUCCAUGUCGGGUCAGUGA